CCCCAUAAACCCUAUUAGGCUCUUACGAGCUGCUGCAGCUUCAUCUUCUUCUUCUCUAUUUUUACUGCUAAGAACUGAAGAGUAGAAUUACACUACUUCCUAUCUCUAUACAUGGAGUUGGAGUCGACUUGUAAUCUUGUAUAAUUCGAUUCCUCAGCAUCGCCCUCCACCACUAAAAUCGAAUUCAAGAUGACCCUCCACUCCAUUGUAAUCCAGAAACUACUCAGCACUAAUGCUCAUUUGGGCCGCCGCGUGGUCGCCGAUCACUUCAAGAUCUAUACGUACGGAAUCCGGAACGAGAAGGCCAUAAUCGAUUCCGAUAAAACCCUAAUCUGUCUUCGGAAUGCUGCCAACUUCAUUGCCCAUAUGGCUCGUGACAAGAAAGCCCGUUUUCUAUUCGUCAAUACCAAUCCUCUCUUCGAUGAGAUCGUAGAACAAAUGACCAAGAAGAUUGGGCUGUAUAGCCCUAGAGAUAGCAUUAUGUGGAGAAUGGGCGGUUUUUUAACUAAUAGUUUUAGCCCUAAAAAAUUUAGGUCGAGAAAUAAAAAGGUUUGUUUUGGACCAAUACAACCGCCAGACUGUGUAGUGGUGUUGGAUUCAGAGAGGAAGAGUUCAGUGAUUUUGGAGGCUGAUAGGCUUCAGGUUCCAAUUGUGGCUCUGGUAGAUUCCAAUAUGCCAUGGGAGUACUAUAAGAAGAUUGCGUAUCCUAUUCCUGCCAAUGAUUCAGUUCAAUUUGUGUACUUGUUUUGCAAUCUGAUUACCAAGACUAUCUUGCUCGAGCAGAAGAAGUUGAAAGCAUUGAAGGGAGAUGCUGCUAAAGAAGAGCCAGUUGUUUCUAAGAAAGAAUCCAGGUAAUCCAGUGAGAACACAAAACAGAUUGAGCAAAGUGAGAGCGAGAGCAAAGUCAGCCCUUCAAUUGAUGAACUGCUAGUUGUUCCUUAUCAGAAUUUGGCUCCUCCUCCUUAUGAUAUUGUGGAAAUUAAACAGCUUUUGGAAAAGCUUGUGAUCGUGAAGUUCAAUGGCACUUUGGGGAACCCAGUGGGGUUUAGUGGCCCCAAGUCUGCAAUUGAAGUUUGUAAUGGUUUGACUUCUCUUGACUUAAUUGUUAAUCAAGUUGAGUCUCUCAAUUCCAAGUAUGGGUGCCACAUACCUUUGGUGCUUAUGAAUUCAACCAGAACACAUGAUGAUACCUUGAAGGUUUUGGGGAAAUAUGCCAGGUUAAGUGUUGAUAUUCAUCCUUUUAGCCUGGAAUCUCUUGAUGAUCAGAACAGCGAGGAUAAAUCGUCUACUUCUGAGGAUGCUUCAGCGUUCCUUUCCUUGAUGAAGAGUGGAACUCUUGAUGUAUUAUUGUCACAGGGAAAGGAGUAUGUGCAUGUGAUUAGCUCAGAUAACUCUGCUGCUGCCAUUGAUCCUAAUAUCCUGAACCAUUUGAUCCAAAACAAGAUCGAAUAUUGUAUGGAGGUGACUCCAACUGCAUCAACUUAUAUGAGGAAUAGUUUGGCUAAUCAGCGUCAAGGAAGGUUUCAGCUUCGGGAAAUUACGCAGAAUCCUUCUAAGCAUUUGAUGGAGGAAUUCAAAUUUAUUGAUACAAGAAGCUUAUGGGUGAAUUUGAAAACCAUUAAAAGGCUUGUUGAUACUGAUGCGCUGAAGGUGGAGAAUCUUUCAAUUGCAAAGUUAUUUGAUCAAGCUAUUGGCAUAAUUGUCCCUCAAUCUCGGUUUGUACCACUAAAUGCAACAUCGGACAUGCUUCUUCUCCAGUCUGAUCUGUAUUCAUCUUCUGAAGGCAUCUUAGUUCGGAAUGCAGCUAGAGAUAACCCUGUAAAUCCAUCUAUUGAAUUAGGACCUGAAUUUGAAAAGGUUAGUGACUUCCUAAGUCGCUUCAAAUCCAUCCCUAGUAUAGCUGGGCUAGAAAGCUUGAAGGUGAUUGGUGAUGUGUGGUUUGGAGCUGAUGUGACUCUUAAGGGGAGAGUAAGAAUUGUUGCAAAGCCUGGGCAGAAAUUGGAAAUUCCUGAUGGAGUGGUGCUGGAGAACAAGGAGAUCAGUGAUCCUGCUGACAUUUGAGGAUCCCUCAAAGCCCCAUUUGUUGUUUAUUUAUAGAGAAUAGAAAGAGCUAAAAUUUUGUAAUAAUAGGUGAUUGUUUUGUUUAUAAGCUCCUCUAUCUCAGCAUUUAAAUAAUGUGAUCUGACCUUUCUUAUUUUUAACAGACGAAAAGAUAAUAAUGACAGUGGAAUAGAGUCACAACUCAA